UCGGGGUAAACAGUAAAGAUGGCGACGUCUGGAGCCGGAGAGGUGCAUCAACGGAGUCUAAAUGGGAUUAUAUCCGACCACCCUCAGACUGAAAUACUGACCGAUUUGCCGACCGAGUUGCUCGAACACAUCCUGUGCUUCACAGUCCUCAACCAUGUGGACAUUUGUAACGUCUCGUGCUGCUGCAAGCGGCUACACGACGUGUGCCACGGAAGGGGGAAGGUCUGGGGACACCAGUACAAAAUCAGAUGGCCAAGACUGCAGAUGUUUUACCGUCAGAAUGAGUGCUGUGACUGGCUCAAAGAAUACAAAACACGCCACAGAGUUGGUAUACAGAUACGAAGGACCGUGGAAUCGAUCUCGAAGAGAUUCUUCACAGAAGUCCCUUGCGUUGGCCAGGUGCUGGGAGACAGCUUUGCAGAGAUCGAGUCACUUGGGAUGCCAGAGCACUUCUGCGAAGACGAGCUCCUCUUCAUACUCAACUCUGACAAGAGGAAAAGCUUGACCUUGAAGUACUAUGCAAAGAAAAUCCUUUACUUCCUGAGACAACAGAACAUCCUGAGGAGUUUGAAGACCUUCCUGGAGCAGCUGGCGGAGCAGCAGUCAUCGUUAGAAGGUGCUGUACUGGUGGAUCAGUAUUGUAACCCACUGGCUGAUGUAACACUGAACAGCACAUCGGCCCAGCUGGAUGAGAUCGCAGAGAAAGUGAAGAAGAUGCUGAGAAUCAAGAACCCCUCUCACCCCACCCUGCGGAUCGCUCAAGCAGGGGACUGUUUUGUCGUCGAGGACUUUGAGCUCCAGAGGCAGGUGGUGUGUGCCCUGAACUCAGUCUUGUAUGAGCAGCUUCAAUACAAAGGCAACGAGUUUGACUACUACAAUCCUCUCAACUCUUACAUCCACCAGGUGCUACUACGCCGUACAGGCAUUCCCAUAAGUCUCUCUGUCCUCUAUAUGACUUUAGCCCGGAAGCUGGGGGUUCAGGUGGAGCCGGUCAACUUUCCCAAUCACUUCCUGCUGCGCUGGUGCCAAAAACCAAGAGGGAGUGAGGACAUCUAUGACUUUGUCUACAUUGAUGCCUUUGGUAAAGGCAAACAGCUGACAGCCAAGGAGUGCGAGUACCUCAUUGGCCACCAGGUGACGGCAGAUUACUACAGUGCCAUCAGCACCACCGAGGUGCUGCUCAGGAUGGUGGGAAACCUGCUUAACAUCGGAAAAAGAGGGGAGGGUAAUGAGAAAUCGUACCAGCUGCUGAGAGACUCUCUGGACCUCUACCUCACUAUAAACCCAGAUAAUGUGCAGUACCUGCUACUGCAGGCACGCCUCUACUUCCACCUGGGCAUCUGGCCAGAAAAGGUGCUAGACAUCCUGCAGCACAUCCAGGCGUUGGACCCCUCCCAGCAUGGGGCAGUGGGUUACCUGGUACAGCACACGCUGGAGCACAUCCAGCACAAGAAACAUCCUGUUACACCUGAGGUGAAGAAGCGCAGCGCUCCAGAACACCUGGAGGUCCAGUAUUCAGUUGGCCUCAUCAUGAAACACAAGAGGUCAGGAUAUAACUGUGUGAUUUACGGCUGGGACCCAAAGUGCACCAUGAGCCAGGAGUGGAUCACCACCAUGAGGGUCCACCAGCUGUCCAACGGGGCCAACCAGCCUUUCUACAACGUCCUGGUACAGGACGGAACAUGUCGCUACGCAGCGCAGGAGAACCUGGAGCCCCACUCAGCACCCCUGGAGAUCGGUCACCCGGAGGUGGGACGUUACUUCUCCGAGUUUGCCGAAAACCACUAUUUUGCCAACGAAGAACUGCAGACCCGCUACCCAGAGGACAUGGUUGAAACUUUGGGCACGGUGCAGGAGCUUUACCACAGACUGACGCCUGGCUCUGGGAACCAGGACCAGGCUCCUCCCACAGACCAAAACAACCACCAAGCCAUGCCCAUGUAGCAAAGCAGCUGUGUACAACACCCGGCCGACCAGGGCUAGCCAAUCACUGGUCACCCAUCCUCAAUUCACAAUCCACUUAGCUGUUGCUUUGUUGCACAGACCGGAGACAUGUGUAAUGGAGAGGUUUUUGUAAAAAACAGCCAGUACACAGUAUUUUCAGAACUGAUGAUCCAACAAGAAAUGAUUCACAAAUGUGGUUUUGUACCACAGCCAGGUUCCUGUGCAGGUCUGGAAAGAGUUAUUUGAAUAUUUCCAUGUCUGGAAAAGUGUUAAAAAAAGGCCAAAAAUUCUUGAAACAUACAGCAAAGAUUGUUACUGUUUUGACACACAUGACUAAACACUCGGCGCGGGCUCAUUCCCUAGGCGUCAAAUACUGAUGCUUUGUCACGGCUGUCGGCGUUCGAUACUGCUGUACAAGGCGCCGGUUUAGCAGCAUUACAUUUCACUUUGCAAUCAGCUGAUCAUUCUUGUCCCAUGUUCAAAACCUCAAGUCACAUUUUCACUGUAAAAACGUAGUAAUUUUACUCCAGACCAUGUUGUCUGUUCCUAAACCUAACUAAGUGGUUUUGUUUCAUUCACAACAUUAAGCACGUGUUUACUGCAAGAGAAAAGUGACACAGAGGGCAGGGUUUACACCAAGGCCUAUGGUAAGAAGGCUCGGUCACGCUUCAUCAACGCGUCAGAUAUUUGGGGGUAUGACACAUGCGCAGUAAAAUCUGGUCUCCACUCGCCGAAAUUGAGCCAAUCGCAACGCACGACCGCAGCUUCAGUUACACUGCGCAUGUGUUAUACCCCAUACCACAAGGCCAAUGUCUGCCCGUGACCAAGCCUCCUUUCCAUAGGCCUUGGUUUACGCUAGACUUUUUUUUUUUAUGGCCAAUAUGGCCAUUAAUGUUACAGAAUUGCGGCCAUAUAGAACAACUACUAGACAUAUGUUUUAAAUAACCAUAUAAUAGCAUAGAUUUGACAUAACUUGAAAAUAAGUUAAAUGAAGAAGCGGUCUAAAAAAUAAAAUAAUAGGCUGGUCGGUCCGAUUUCCGCGUUUGUCAAAUUCCAAAUAGUGUUGGAAUUUGUUGGAAUAGUGUACGGCUGUAGACUACCUAAUAGUUUGAAGCUGCAUUCAUAACAUUGACAUUCAAAUUAUUAUUAAUACCUUACCAAAACAUUGCAUGCAAUCCACCAUCUCAUCCCCUCUUUCUGUCUCUCUAUCUCUCUCAAGCGCGCACACUCCCCGUCUCUGUAAUUGUCUCAGUCUGAAGUCCAAAAGUCAAAGUCGAGUCAUAUGACGGCUAACGUAAACCCCGCCUGAGGGGUCGUUAAGCACGUGUUUACAUACGACCGAAAAGUGACGCCGAGGGGUCUGACAAAGCGUCAGUAUGUGACGAGUUGAGAUGAGAAAGUGUUUGCAACACUAUAUUGUAUUUGUUGUUAUGUGGCCUAGUUGAUAGCCAUUAUCCAGAAUGCAGGAUCCUCAAAUCCAGUCACCAACUUGAGUUUGGAAAAAGCACGGAAACCCAAAAUGAAUGCAUAAGUAGACACCUUGAAGAAAAAAAGAUUGUGGACUUGAAUUACACAGUUAAGUGGAUGAGUAAGUUCAGGAUGGGUAUCCAGGUACUGUAAAUCUUCCUUUACCCUAAAAACCAAGGAAUGCUCCUUUACCCAGAGCUCCCCUGACCUCCACCUCCCUGCACCCAGCACCAGUCAAACAAGCCCUCCCCAGCAUAUAGUCCAAACCUCCCAGUUCCAGUGCCACACAGACGACUAUAAAGAAGAUACUUUGUAAAUUGACUUUCAAUUCCCCAUCUUUUACUCAUGUGUCAUGCACUUAACGAAAGUUUAACUUUCACAUUUCUAGAUCAUCUUGUAUUUUUUUUUCCUGUAUAUUUACAAAGUGAAACAUGUAGGCUGUCAUGGCUCAUCAGUGUUUUGUUGAGCUGUUAAUGGAAAAAAACAAAAACAAAAGAAGAACCAAUAAUGGCACCACUGACUUGAAAUAGAAAUGGCUUUGAGGAAACUACAAAAAAAAGAAAUAAAACGUUUCAAGUUUU